GGCUCCGUGGCGGCUAGGGCUCAAGCCCUCGAAGGAGUUCGAUGGACUGCGGCUCCAAAGAUGGGAGCAUCACAGAAGUGAAUGUGAGCCCCUGCCCCAUACAGCCCUGCCAGCUCCAGAAAGGGACGUCCUACAGCGUCAAUGUCACUUUCUCCAGCAAGAUCGACAGCCAGGGCAGCAAAGCAAAAGUGUAUGGGGAAAUACUCCAUGUGGAUGUACCCUUUCCCAUCCCUGAGCCUGACGGAUGCAAGAGUGGGAUCCAGUGCCCCAUUGAGAAAGGCCAUUCCUACAGCUACCUGAACAAGCUGCCUGUGAAAAGCGAGUACCCCAGUAUUAAAUUGAUUGUCCAGUGGGAGCUGAUUGAUGACCAAGGCCAGAUGCUAUUCUGCUGGAAGAUACCUGUCCAGAUCACCAGCUAAGGAGCCCUGCUUGCCCUGUGGGGGGCUUUGGGGGAGGGUAGACAUGAAAACCUAGGUCAGACUCUUCUUACAUAAUGGGCAUUUCCUGGCAUCUGUUUCAAAAUUCUGCAGCCUCCAAGCAGCCAGCACUGUGUUCUCCCAAAGCUGAGGUACAGUUGCUGCAGGAGCAUCACAGGCAGAGGGCUCAACUCCCUGUAGCUUGAGAGAGAGCAGAGUCUGGCAGCUGCUGAGCAGCACACUGCUGGAGCUCUGUAGGUUUUUGUCUGCUUGAAAUGAGCAUCACAAAGAGAUCUCUCUCUAAUGCAGUGGGGUUGGUGUCUGUUAACCCUUGAGUGCCUGUUCUGAUAGGAUGCUGCUGCAUCCCUCUGCUUUUCUCCUGCUCAGUCAUGACCAGAGUGUUCCUGCAACCUGCAUCUGCCAUCCAGAGCCAAUGGAGGGUAAAGAGAGGAGACGCACUGUCACUUGUCUUCCCUGAGCACUGGUGUCUCCUUGGCCCAGCAGCGGCCAGAACUCUACAGCUGGGAGAAUGCUUCCUCUAUACAGGCACAAACCAAAACUGCACACAGCAUCGCUGCAGGGAUGACUUACUAACCAGUGAUAUGCACUGUCUGCUAACUUACGUGAAACUGCUGCUGGGGGCUCUUCACCUCUAACAUCUUUUUAUAACUUUCCUUUUAAUAAAGGCUCAAUAAAAACUGC